CUCCUCCUCCUUUUUCUCCUGAGAAACUUCGCCCCGGCGGUGCGGAGCGCCACUGCGCAGCCGGGGAGGGACGCAGGCGGGCAGCGGGAGGCGCAGCCCCGUGCGGUUCCCGCGGCUCCCAGCGGAGCCCGGCGCCCGCCGCGCCAUGGCCCGGAGACCCCGGCACAGCAUCUACAGUAGUGACGAGGAUGAUGAAGACAUUGAGAUGUGUGACCAUGAUUAUGAUGGAUUGCUUCCCAAGUCUGGAAAGCGUCACUUGGGGAAAACUAGGUGGACCAGGGAAGAGGAUGAAAAACUAAAGAAGCUGGUGGAACAGAAUGGAACAGAUGACUGGAAAGUUAUUGCUAAUUAUCUCCCGAAUCGAACAGAUGUCCAGUGCCAGCACCGAUGGCAGAAAGUACUAAACCCUGAGCUCAUCAAGGGUCCUUGGACCAAAGAGGAAGAUCAGAGAGUGAUAGAGCUUGUACAGAAAUACGGUCCGAAACGUUGGUCUGUUAUUGCCAAGCACUUAAAGGGGAGAAUUGGAAAACAAUGUAGGGAGAGGUGGCAUAACCACUUGAAUCCAGAAGUUAAGAAAACCUCCUGGACAGAAGAGGAAGACAGAAUUAUUUACCAGGCACACAAGAGACUGGGGAACAGAUGGGCAGAAAUCGCAAAGCUACUGCCUGGACGAACUGAUAAUGCUAUCAAGAACCACUGGAAUUCUACAAUGCGUCGUAAGGUCGAGCAGGAAGGUUAUCUGCAGGAGUCUUCUAAAGCCAGCCAGCCACCAGUGACCACAAGCUUUCAGAAGAACAGCCAUUUGAUGGGCUUUACGCAUGCUCCACCUUCAGCUCAACUCCCUCCAGCUGGCCAACCCUCCGUUAACAGUGACUAUCCCUAUUACCACAUUUCUGAAGCACAAAACGUCUCCAGUCACGUCCCAUAUCCUGUAGCAUUACAUGUAAAUAUAGUCAAUGUCCCUCAGCCAGCUGCUGCAGCUAUUCAGAGACACUAUAAUGAUGAAGACCCUGAGAAAGAAAAGCGAAUAAAGGAGUUAGAGUUGCUUCUAAUGUCAACUGAGAACGAACUCAAAGGACAGCAGGCGCUUCCAACACAGAACCACACAUGCAGCUACCCCGGGUGGCACAGCACCGCCAUUGCCGACCACACCAGACCUCAUGGAGACAGUGCACCUGUUUCCUGUUUGGAAGAGCACCACUCCACUCCAUCUCUGCCCGCAGAGCCCGGCUCCCUACCUGAAGAAAGUGCCUCUCCUGCCAGGUGCAUGAUCUUCCACCAAAGCACCAUCCUGGACAAUGUUAAGAACCUCUUAGAAUUUGCAGAAACACUUCAAUUUAUAGAUUCUGAUGCUUCAUCGUGGGGUGAUCUCAGCAGUUUUGAAUUCUUUGAAGAAGCAGAUUUUUCACCUAGCCAACACGAUGCAGGCAAAGCCCUCCAGCUUCAGCAGAAAGAGGGCAGUGUGAAUAGACCUGCAGGAGAGCCUAGCACGAGGGCGAACGGACGCAAGUUGAGUGAGGGUUCACUUGACCUGCCCAAGCCCUUCCCUCCUGCGAGGCUCAGCACAAUUCCACGGGUCAUCCUUCGAAAAAAGCGGGGCCAGGCCAGCCCCAUAGCCACUGGACACUCUAGUUGCUUGAUACUUGCUGACGUCAGCAGUUCAACUCCCAAGCGUUCCCCUGUCAAAAGCCUACCAUUCUCCCCCUCGCAGUUCUUAAAUACUUCCAAUAACCAUGAAAACUUAGACUUGGAAAUGCCUUCUUUAACUUCCACCCCACUAAAUGGUCACAAAUUGACUGUUACAACUCCAUUUCAUAGAGACCAGACUGUGAAAAUUCAAAAGGAAAAUACUAUCUUCAGAACUCCAGCUAUCAAAAGGUCAAUUCUAGAAAGCUCUCCAAGAACUCCUACACCAUUCAAACAUGCACUCACAGCUCAAGAAAUUAAAUAUGGUCCCCUGAAGAUGCUACCUCAGACACCAUCUCAUCUAGUAGAAGACCUACAGGAUGUGAUCAAACAGGAAUCUGAUGAAUCUGGGAUUGUUGCUGAGUUUCAAGAAAAUGGACAACCUUUACUGAAGAAGAUUAAACAAGAGGUGGAAUCUCCAACUGAUAAAGCAGGAAACUUCUUCUGCUCAAACCACUGGGAAGGGGAUAGUCUGAACACUCAGCUGUUCACACAGGCAUCACCUGUGGCAGACAUGCCAAAUAUUCUUACAAGUUCCGUUUUAAUGACGCCAGUAUCAGAAGAUGAAGACAAUGUUCUCAAAGCAUUUACAGUACCUAAAAGCAGGUCCCUGGCAAGUCCCUUGCAGCCUUGUAAUGGUGCCUGGGAAUCUGCAUCCUGUGGGAAGACAGACGAUCAGAUGACAGCUUCCGGUCAGUCUCGGAAAUAUGUGAAUGCCUUCUCAACCCGGACUCUGGUCAUGUGAGACGUUUGCAGACAAGCAUUAUGGUUUUCAGAACACUUCAAGUUGACUUGGGAUAUAGCAUUCCUCUACAUGAGACUUUUCAUGAAUGGGAGAAGAGCCUAUUUUUGUUGUGGUACAACAGUUGAGAGCAGCACCAAGUGCAUUUAGGUGGGUGAAAUCGUAUGAGAUUUCACCCAACUAAACGGAUUUUUAAAAAAAUUAAUGUUUAACAGUUUUACCUAAAUUAUUAGGUCAUGGAUUGUAGUCAGUGGUUAAGUAUCUUAAGGCAGAUUUAAAAAAAAAAUACAUGAAAUGAUUUAUCUGUAUUUUAAGAGGAUCCAACAGACCAGUAUUUUUUCUGUGAUGAGGUUUUUGAAAUUUAACACACAAAAAGGUACUCCAAUAUUUCACUUUUUUCAAUCACUAAACACAAUGCAUUAUUAUAAAUGUUGGCUUCACACCGUGGAAUAAGUAAUCAAUAUUGUAAAUGUUCACUUAUGGUCAAUAACAUUGGAGGUACGUUUAUUGUACCAAACCAUUUUAUGAGAGUUUUUUUGUUGUUGUUAGCUUGCUUUAAAAAUUAUUACUGUAUGAAAUAGUUUUAUAAAAAAUUAUAUUUUUAUUCAGUAAUUUAAUUUUGUACAUGCCAAAUGAAAAAAAAAUGUGUUUUGCUGCUAUGGACUUAGCCUGUAGACAUGCUGCUAGUAUCAGAAGGGCAGUAGUGCUUGGGAAGGAGAGAAAAGAAACUUGGUGUUAGGUAAUUGACUAUGCACUAGUAUUGUCAAACUUUUUUAUUUUAUAUAUAUAUAUAUACACACAUAUAUAUAUAUAUAUAUAUAUAUAUAUAUAUAUAUAUACUUUUUUCCUUUUGUAAUACAUUGGAAAACUUAUUUGGGAGACUUUGCAUUUGUGGUUGUUUCUUGUUUUUUUUUUUUUUGUUCUUGUUGGUUUAUAAGAGGAUGCAUUGCACUUCUUUAUUGGGAGAUCUGUGUUGUUGAUGUCCUGUGUUUUGUUUUGAGUUCAGCCUGACUGUUCUUUAAUUCAGGGCUUAUGUGUUAAUCAGCAUUCCCCAGAGUCCUUAACUGUAUGGUCUCAGAACUGCCACACACAACCUAUGUGUUUGCAGCUGGGGUCCAUAGCCAGUUGCUGCCUUAAGAACCUUUGGUGCAAGAUGGCUGGUACUGAACUUUUGAUAUGACAGUGUACUUACUGCCUUGUAGUGAAAUAAAGCUGUGCCCUUAUUUUACUUA